AUGGGCGGCGAAAGGAAAAUCAAGUCUGUGGCCAUCAUUGGCGCCGGCGCUGCGGGUGCUGUCACAGCUGCUGCUUUCAAGGCGGAAGAUUAUUUUGAGAAGAUUCGGGUGUACGAGCGAAGAGAAUCUGCUGGUGGAACAUGGAUAUACGAUCCGAACCCAGCCGAGCUCCCUCCGCUUCAGCCGGGAUUACUGCCUCCGGAACUGGACCCGGCGUUGGAGAUCCCGGCCGAGCUUCCGCAAGUGAAGCCGCAUAGCACCUCUCAGGAGAGGUACACGCAAACGCCGAUUUACCACUCCCUAACUACCAAUGUCCCAGACAUCGCAAUGUCUUUUUCCGACUCGAGAUUCGCUUACGGACCUUUCGCACCCCACUGGAUCCCACGACAGUACAUCGAAAACUACUUCUCGCAGCACAAGACGGAUGAUAUUCUGGUACUCAAUACGACCGUUGAAGAUGUCACGAGAAUUGAUGCCGUUGAUCGGCCUGAGCAGUGGCGAUUGACGUUGCGAAGAUUUGACCCCGCAAGAAACGUCGAUGUGUGGUGGCAGGAAACUUUCGAUGCUGUCGUUUUUGCGAACGGGCACUACUCUGUUCCCUACGUCCCCCAAGUGAAGGGUCUAGAGGAGUACAUCAAGAAAUUUCCAGGCCGUGUUGUUCACUCGAAGACAUAUCGUUCACCGCAACCCUACGCCGGCAAGAAGAUUGUUGUGAUCGGCAACUCAGCAUCGGGCCAUGAUGUUACGGCUGAGCUUGUGGGGACGGCCGCCGAACCUGUGAUCCAGUCUCGUCGGAGUAAGUCUCGCUGGGAUGGUGAUGAGCCACCGCCUGGCCAGGCUUGGAAGCCCGUCAUCAGAGAGUUUCAACCCGACGGACGGAUCGUAUUCGAAGACGACACCUACUUGGACGAUGUAGAUCACGUUAUCUACUGUACGGGCUAUAAGGCUUCGUAUCCGUUCUGGAACAGCAAGGAAAACAACAAUCGGCCGCUGUACGAUUACAAGAAAGGAAAGCUGGUCAAGAUCUUCUGGCACACGUUUUUCCAGGAUUUCCAAACUUUGGGCAUUGUCGGCAUGCCCCGCGUUCUCACUUUCAGAAGUUUCGAAUAUCAAGCCAUCGCCCUGGCAAGACUAUUUUCUGGGAGGAACUCUGUCGCACUACCGCCUCUCGAGGAGCAAGAACGCUGGGAAAGAGAAAGAGAAGAGACAGUCCGAAGGGAGGGCAGAAAGUUUCACGACAUCCCAUGGGAGACAGGCGAGACCUUCGAGUGGCUCACGGGUCUGUACAGGGUGGCGGGUCUCCCAACGCUCAGGAGUAAAGGACGGGUGCCGCCUGUGCUUUCCGAAGAUCUGAUAUGGGCUUUGGAACACUUGAAGAAGUACCCUGAGCCGGGUAACGGAGACGAUGAGAAGUCGGGCGAUCCGAAGAACAAGGGUGCACCGAAGGAAGUUGACGCAUAUCACCAUGAGCGUCUCGAUGGAGAGGCCAGAGGCCAGUGGUCGCUACCGACGCGUCCCAAGAAGGAUUUACUGAGCUUUAUAUAA